GUAACCACUCGUUUUGUGUUUAGGCUGUUAAGAAUUUUCGCAGAGGUCUGUUUUGCUCGAUACAAAGAUGAAAAGUAGGAUAGGGAAAGUGUUAUUACUGCUGAGCAUUGCAGUGCAAAUGAGUUUACAACAAAAACGUUCGAUAUACAAAAAAGUUACCGAUCCGCUACACACCGGAGAUGAGGUAGUACUUGAAGGGACGUUCGUUAACAAGAAAACAAUGGUUCGAUUUUUUAGCACUGACGAUUCAUGCUCUGGUGGUAGGACAAGGGGGAGCGGUCGAUCCCCACAAUGUCACCCUCUGGUCCUUACAUUUAAACCAAGACGACACGAGAUGACAGCGGCAUUUAAAGGCGCGGUAAACGAACCCAGAGACAUUGAAAUGGGAACAGUUUCGUCAAACCUUAUAACACAUGGAAAUGCUUAUCGACUGAUCGUUUUAGUAAACGAGCGAAGUUACACCAUUCGUUUAAACGACGAAAUACUUUUCGAUCAACUGGUCGACAUGAUUGGACAUGAACAAAUUACUGAAAUAAGAAGUUAUAAUGGACAAUUCGCAAGCUCUUAUAUCGUGUACAACGAUGUUUCUAGGGGCAAUCCAAGAUAUGCUUGCGGCACUCGAUCAGAGAAUCUUCCAAGUGUUUUCCAAGUGCGGAUAGUUGGCGGGUCGAAUUCGAGACCGGGAGAAUAUCCGUGGCAGGUCGCGCUCCGGCAAAAGAUUACGUACCCAUGGGCACCCUAUAAGCAUUUAUGUGGAGGUAGUUUGGUAGCGUCGUGUUGGGUGGUCACUGCUGCACACUGCGUUACAUCAGUGUACGUGGGGGAAUAUGUCGUGUAUAAAGUAUUAAAAAUCCUAACUUUGUUUUUGAAUAGGAAAAGCAAUAGGAACUCGUAUUCGAUCAGAGUAGGAGAUUACUAUAACGGCGAGGCGGGUCACAGAAUGGAAGAUAAGGAGCAGCAGCAGGACUUAAAUAUUGCGGCCGUGUACGAGCACCCAGAUUACGGCGUGUACCCAAGCCCUACCAAUGAUAUAGCGCUCAUAAAACUGGCAGGAACUGGUGGAAAUUGUUCAACGUUCGGUGACUUUGUGCGACCGAUAUGUCUCCCAACACCUGAUCUAAUGGUUGAACCCAGAUGUCACAUCAGUGGGUGGGGAGCUCAGAACUGGACUGACAAUCCUUCGAUGUACCCCCAAACAAUGCAAAAGGCAGAAGUUACAAUACACAAUUUUUCAUACUGCCAGGCAGCGUAUGGACGAAACAGCAACGGUGAUGUAAAAGUAGCGAAUAGAACGACUUGUGCUUCGAACCCAGGAGUCGACAGUUGCCAGGGCGACAGCGGUGGACCUUUAGCUUGCAGAGAGCAGACCAUCAACCAAAAUGAGAAGUUUUACCUGUGGGGUGUUACUAGCUGGGGAGAAGGGUGUGCUACUGAAGGAAAACCUGGUGUUUACACCGAAGUUAUUAACUAUCUGGAUUGGAUUAAUCAAGUGAUGGGGUCAUAAGUCGCUUUUAUCUCGCCCAAACAGCAAUUAACACAACCGUUCAAAAUAUAGCAGUGCGAAGAAAAGUGGGACCUAUCGCAUCUAAAUCCUAUGUUUCCUGAUUGUGUUUUCAACUAAUAAAAACGCCAUUUUAGAGUCGUACAGCUGUUUAAAUUAUUCAGUAUAUAUUCCUUCUUCACUACCAAAUGCAACGGAAAUAGGGAUUGAAAACAUGUCCCAUUUUACUCCACUUUACUAUAAACGUGAUAUUAUCUGGAUAUACUUCCAUGUUUUAUACAAUGUAUAAAACAUGAUUUAACUGUAAUUGCCAUUACGUUUAGCUUGACCAUAUAUAUACACGCUGUUGUGAUACAACUAAUACACUUUGAGAAAAAAA